ACGAGCUCAUGUUUGAGCACAGAUCCCCCCCUCUCACCCGCUGCAGUGGUGUCGCCCGCUGCCUUCACAGAGCUGUUAUUGUGCAGAGAGAGAGAGAGAGAGAGAGAGAGAGAGAGAGAGAGACUUCUCAUCAGCAGACAACAGCAGCUGAACGAACAGAAACAAAACAAUCAGAUUGAGAGACAGACAGGAAACAGUGAGUCAGUGUAAGAUUCACAUCCGAUCCGAGUGUGUCCUCCAUCCUUUCUUUUCCCGUGAGGAAGAGGAGAACGGAGGAGGAGGAAGACCCCCCUCACCUCCAGCACGCAGAAAAACGCUCCGGAAGAGACAGACAGACAGACAGACAGACAGAACGAGGGUUUUAUUCGUUUGUGCUUCUGCUCCGUUUUUUCGGGAGCGAGUGACGUGCUCAUGUCCGUCAACUCGGAAAAAUCCUCUUCCCCAGAAAGGCCCGACACACAGAAGGUUCCAUCAGCCCCGCCUCCUGCCCCGCCUCCACCGCCUCCUCCCGAACCGGCCGCCCCACCAGAGGAAGAGAUCCUGGGCUCAGACGAUGAAGAGCAGGAAGAUCCGGCAGACUACUGCAAAGGUGGCUACCAUCCAGUGAAGAUUGGCGACCUGUUUAAUGGCAGAUAUCAUGUGAUUCGUAAACUGGGCUGGGGUCAUUUCUCCACUGUGUGGCUGUGUUGGGAUAUUCAAGGGAAGCGUUUUGUUGCGAUGAAGGUGGUUAAGAGUGCGCAGCACUACACAGAGACGGCACUGGAUGAAAUUAAACUCCUCAGAUGUGUGCGUGAGACAGAUCCUGAUGACCCCAAUAAAGAUAUGGUCGUUCAGCUCAUAGAUGACUUCAAGAUCUCUGGAGUCAAUGGAAUUCAUGUGUGUAUGGUGUUUGAAGUUCUCGGUCAUCAUUUGCUCAAGUGGAUCAUCAAGUCUAAUUAUCAGGGUUUGCCGUUACCCUGCGUGAAAAGCAUCAUUAAACAGGUUCUCCAGGGGUUGGAUUAUCUGCACAGUAAAUGUAAGAUCAUCCACACAGAUAUCAAACCCGAGAACAUUCUCAUGUGUGUGGACGACGCCUUUGUACGCAGGAUGGCGGUCGAAGCCACAGAGUGGCAGAAAUCUGGAGCUCCUCCACCGUCUGGAUCUGCAGUCAGCACGGCUCCUCAACUCUUACAGGUGGGUAAAAUCUCGAAGAACAAGAAGAAGAAGUUGAAGAAGAAGCAGAAGCGGCAGGCGGAACUUCUGGAGAGACGGAUGCUGGAGAUAGAAGCUCUGGAGAAAGAGGCGGAGCAACAGAGAACAACAAAUCCCGCCCACAGCCCCACCCACAGUCCCACCCUCGUGCUGGGGGACAGUGAGGAUGAUGAUGAUGAGGAUGUUGAUGAGGAAGAAGAGACUGAAGGAGAGAAAGCACGACCCGUCAGACUCACUAACCACACAUGUGCAGAGACUGAUCAGGAGGAAGUAGAUGAGAACGAGGAAGACUGUGAUGUCACUUCCACCACAGACUGUCCAGCUGAAGAGUCCACAACAGAGACAAAUACACACACACACACUGACACUCCUGAGGAAGAGACAGACAACACCAGAGAAACAGAUGAGCAGGAAGGAAAUGAGGAAAAGAGAGAGGAAGAGGAACAGGAACAGGAAGAGGAAGUUAAAGUGAAUGAACAGGAAACUGAAGUCACAUCGUCACAGAGCGCAGAUGACUCGCAUGAGGCAAAACCACACGAGUAUCCAAGAGAGAAAACAGAUGCAGCGAAAGAGACGACAGAUAGGAAAGAGGAAGACGAUGAUGAGGAAGAGGAGGAUGAGGAAGAUGAUGAAGGUCACAAUCAUAAUGACUCAUCUAAAACAAACGGUCAUGUUAUUAUGGGUGCACAGGAAGUAGAGUGCCAGUCAACCCCACCACAGCCUGUACAGUCAUCAUCGGCUCUCCUGUGCCCGCUGGUCGAUUCAGAGAUCAGCACGACCGACCGCGACGUUUCUGACGCAUCGUACGAACUUUAUAACGGAGAAAUGGCCAGACUCAUGAACGGAGCGCAACACUGUGGCACAAUGCCACGCUACCCAGAGUUACCACUCGAUCCCGAACCAACCGACUGCGUGCAAGAUGAAGCUCAAGCUCUCAACACAAACGCCGACCGCAGCCGAACCGUAUCAUCAUCAAGCACCGGAGACACACCGAAAGUGCGGAUUCGAGCAGCUGAUCUGUUAUUAAGUCCAUUGGAUCCUGGGAACGCUGAAGUCCUGAGAGUGAAAAUAGCCGAUCUGGGCAAUGCAUGCUGGGUGCACAAGCACUUCACUGAAGACAUCCAGACACGUCAGUACCGCUCCAUCGAGGUUCUGAUUGGAGCAGGAUACAGUACGCCUGCUGAUAUAUGGAGCACCGCAUGCAUGGCGUUUGAGUUGGCGACAGGUGAUUAUCUAUUUGAACCUCAUUCUGGUGAAGACUACUCGCGCGAUGAAGAUCACAUCGCUCUGAUUAUGGAGUUACUGGGAAAAAUCCCUCGCAAAAUCAUCACAGCAGGAAAAUACAGUCGUGAGUUCUUCUCUAAGACAGGUGAGCUGCGGCACAUCACUAAAUUAAAGCCCUGGUCGCUGUUUGACGUUCUGGUGGAAAAAUAUGGCUGGGUGGCCGAAGACGCCGGUCAUUUCACUCACUUCCUGUUGCCCAUGUUGGAGAUGGUUCCUGAAAAACGCGCCUCUGCUUCAGAGUGCCUCAAUCACCCCUGGCUUAACUCAUAGCACUUUUCUCAAUCAGACUCAUCGACGCCCCCGUGGACACAUCCUGAACUGCAGGGGGGGCGGGGUCAGGGGGUCGCGGGGGACUGUGAAUCACAAGUGUCAAGACUCCAUCACAUCGGUUUUGUCAACACACACACACACAUUUUUAAUGUCUCAUCUGAGAUGAAGCUUCAGUCAUCGAUGGUCUUCCUCAUUUUAACAGAGAUGAACAGCCUGAAUUCAGAGAAGCCAGAGGAGGAAGUGAGGUCAUUUCACAUCAGAGGAGGAAGUGAGGUCAUUUCACAUCAGAGGAGGAAGUGAGGUCAUUUCACAUCAGAGGAAGUGAGGUCAUUUCACAUCAGAGGAGGAAGUGAGGUCAUUUCACAUCAGAGGAGGAAGUGAGGUCAUUUCACAUCAGAGGAGGAAGUGAGGUCAUUUCACAUCAGAGGAAGUGAGGUCAUUUCACAUCAGAGGAAGUGAGGUCAU